ACUCUGUCGACAUUGCAGCACAAAUGCUAGAAAAAGAGUUCCGUGUACUCUGGCCGUCCUGUAUUUCAUAUGGGUGGCGAACUUGUUGGCUGGAAGCACUCCCUGCCUCUUCUUCCAUACGGUGACCGUUUACGCUGGUACCGAAAGACUUUCCACCACUCCAUUGGCGAUCGUGCCAUCUUAGACAAAUACUACCCGAUCAUACAGAUGGAGACCCACAUAUUUCUGAGACGGGUGCUUGCGAAACCAGACAAACUGGAGGCUCUCAUGUUCGACAGUAUGGUUUAUUUAUUUUGAUGUUGGCUUGAUCUUCAAUGUUCAUAGCACUGCUG